AUGGUACAAAUCAAACCGUGCCGUCGAGCAAAUAUUGCAGAGACUUGCUGUGCCUCCAUCUCCAUUAAGGACCUCAAAGAAUUAUCGGAGGACAAAUCAUGGAAUCCAGUAGACUUCUCUACGAAACUCACUUACGGUUCAAUUCGUGGUUCGGAGAAACUGCGCCAAACAUUGGCCAAUCUCUACUUCGUCAGGACUCCCACUGCAUUACCAGCUGAUAAUGUCUUGAUCACGGCCGGCGCGAUCCAAGCCAACUUCCUCCUGCUCUAUACUUUGAUCGGACCUGGUGAUCAUGCCAUCUGCCACUACCCUACCUACCAACGACUCUACUCGGUGCCUGAAUCAGUCGGGGCCAAAGUGAGUCUCUGGAAGGCAAAGGCGAAUGAUGGCUGGAAGUUGGAUAUGAGUCAGCUCAAAACACCCAUCAAACCGAAUACAAAGUUGAUUAUCCUCAACUGCAUCCACAGCUUGUUGAAGCAUAAGACCGAGUUGGCCAAGAAAAACCUAGGGAUCCUAGAACAAUUCAUCGAAUCUCAUCGAUGGGCGUGUGACUGGUUCAAGCCGCGCGCCGGCACGACGGCGUUCCGGACCGGCGACAUGUUUGUACCAGGCAGUCUCUGUUUUGGUGACGGAGAGGACUUUGUAGGCUAUGUCGGAAUUGGUUUUGUGUGUGAGACGGAGGCUUUGGAGAAAGGAAUGGCAGCAUUGAAGGAGUUCAUGGAAGAUAGCUAUGACGAGGUGCCAGUGGUCAAGAAGAAAUAA